GCGCUUCCGGAACUAGUCCGGAAGAUUCGGUCGUUGAAAGAUGGUGUGUUUUCAGAAGACUGCGAUGUCCGUGAGUUAUUCUAGCGAUCGCUAUGUGUCAGUACCCAAGUUCUACGCUGGGUCCGAUGUGUUUAUCACCGGUGGUACCGGCUUCAUGGGUAAAGUGUUGAUCGAAAAGCUACUUCGGUGCUGCCCGGACGUUGGCCGCGUGUUUGUUUUGAUGCGUUGUAAGCAGGGCAAAACGCCUGACGCCCGUAUCCAGGAGCUGACAAACAACCCACUAUUCAAGUGCCUGAAAAUGCAAAAUCCGGCCACGUUAGCAAAGUUGGUGCCCAUGUUCGGCGACUGUAUGCAGUUGCGACUCGGGAUGUCUGAUGACGACAUCUACCGGUUGAAAAGUGUUUCAGUUGUGUUCCAUUUAGCUGCCAGUGUGAGGUUCGAUGAUCCGCUCAAGGAUGCCAUUUUGACUAAUGUGUUGUCAACGAGAGAGAUUUUUGAGAUUUGCAAAGGACUGCCGGUUCUCAAAGCCCUGGUUCACGUGUCGACGGCAUACAGUAAUCCGGAGCAGAGAUAUGUAGAAGAACGAUUAUACCCACCUAAAGCAGACUGGAAGAAAAUGCUAGAUUGCGCUUUGAAGUUUGAUCAUGAAGUAUUGGACAUUCUAACUAAAAAGGUUACCAAUUUCUCCCCCAAUACCUACACUUUCACCAAGGGUCUGGCCGAGCAGGUGUGCAGGAAAUAUCAAGAUCAACUACCGUUGGUCAUUUUCCGCCCAUCGGUGGUGGUGAACACUAUCGAUGAACCCCUGGUCGGAUGGAUUGAUAAUUUGAACGGACCGUCCGGGAUGCUAGUGGGAGCAGGAACAGGUGUCGUGCGAACGGAUUUAAUACCGCUCCAGAAUAGCAUUAAUGCCAUUCCAGCAGAUAUCUGUAUCAAAGAACUGAUUCUAGCAGCAUGGCGGCGUGGAACCAAAGAGGAAACCCUUCGGAGGAACUUCCUUCCCGUGUACAAUAGCGCCGUAGAAGGUGAACAUACUUGGAAGUAUCAGAAGGUACUAGACUGCGGUAAAGCGAACAUGACUAAGCUAGUGACCAACCGGUUACUGUGGGUUCCCGGCGGAUCUGCAACUACGUGGCGAAUUAAGUAUUAUUUGAUGGUGGUGCUUGUCCAUAUUUUGCCCGCGUUGUUGGUUGAUGCACUGUGCUUAUUGACCGGGAAAUCAACAUUUUUAUUAAAAAUUCAACGUAAGGUAUUCCUCGCGCAAGCUUCCCUGCGGUAUUUUGCUUACAAUCAGUGGGAUUUCCAAACAAACCGAGUUCGCUCACUACGGGAUGAUCUACGAGGCGAAGAUGUCGACAACUUCAGUUGGCACCUGUCUGAGAUGCGGGUUGACCAGUUCUACUAUGACUGCUGGUUGGGUGUGAGGCGUUAUCUGUUGAAUGAUCCAGACGAGACACUGCCCCAGGCUAUCCGUAAGGUACAUAGAUUGAUGGUGAUCGAUCGGUUGCUGAAAGUUGGUUUGGGCCUACUGGCGGUGUACGUGCUUUGGAAAAGUUCAUUCUUCAAGAAUCUGAUGCUGUUUAGUCGAUAAUCAGGAGAGAAAAAAAUGUGAAAUAAACUCUUUUGCGGAAGUGGUCCUAUUUUGAAA